AUGGAUCCCUCUUCGCUGCAGUUUCAUCAGAGACGGGGCCCAGCGAGGGCUCCGCCGUCCUCACCACAGGCCGCGCUGCGGAUCCCGGGUCAUGCGCGACGCUCCGAGCGCAGCCGCCUCCACGCGGCCCUGCUGCGGCCGCGCUGCGCGCACCUUGCUGCCAUGCGCCAGCCUCAAAUUUUCAAACCUGGGAAGGCCUCACUCACCUGCUGUCUCUGCUCCUGGGCAGCGGGGAAGCACACAGCCAGCUCGCACCGGCUCUCCGCCUUCGUCACGCCGGCCGGCAAGUCCUACGAGUGCCAGGCACAACAGACCAUCACCCUGGUCUCCAGCGACCACCAGAAGUCAGUGGAGCUCCUGCUCUCCGAGGUCCGCGUGCAGCCCUUCGACAUCAGCGCCGAUUUUGUCUUCAGUGAAGAACAUAAAUGCCCAGUGGACCAGCGGGAACAGCUGGAAGAAACUCUGCCUCUGAUUCUGGGCCUGAUCCUGGGGCUGGUGAUCGUGAUAACCCUCUGCGUGUACCAUGUCCACCACAAACUGACAGCCAGCCAAGUGCAGAUACCUCGAGACAGAUCUCAGUACAAACACAUGGGAUAGGUGGCAGGACCGAGCAGCCCAAACGUUGAUCAGGUACAUAAAGCAAAAGCACUUUUUUCUAUG